AACUCGCAUCGGCCGGGCAGACGACACCGUCGGCAUCUCUCAGGCAGCGGAAAGGCACCGGCUCUGUUCAGUCCGAACUUCUCCUCCUUCAGUGCCAGGUCUCUCUCCCGGAAAGUCUUCAGGAUGGCCAAGUACAAGAUCGUAAUGGUACGCCAUGGUGAGAGCGAGUGGAACAAGCUCAACAAGUUCUGUGGUUGGCAUGAUGCAAAUCUUUCUGAGCAAGGUGUAAGCGAAGCUCAUGCAGCAGGCAAGGCACUGAAGGAGGCGAACUUCCAGUUUGAUGUUGCUCACACUUCUGUUUUGACUCGUGCCCAGAAGACCUUGGCAGCCAUUUUGGAAGAGAUUGGCCAAACAAACAUCCCUAUUGAGAAGACCUGGAGGCUUAAUGAACGUCACUAUGGUGGUUUGACUGGACUUAACAAAGCUGAAACUGCCAAGAAACAUGGAGAGGAGCAGGUCCAGAUCUGGCGUCGAAGCUUUGACAUUCCUCCUCCCCCUAUUGAAGAAUCCAAUCCUCACUAUAAGGAGAUCUUGGAAGAUCCACGAUAUGCAGAUGGACCAAGCAAAUCAGAAUUCCCUAUGUUUGAGUCCCUCAAGCUGACAAUUGCAAGGACAUUACCAUAUUGGAAUGACACUAUUAUUCCUCAGAUGAAGGCAGGCAAGAAAAUUCUCAUUGCUGCUCAUGGUAAUUCCUUGAGAGGAAUUGUUAAACAUCUUGAUGAGAUGUCUGAUGAAGCAAUUAUGGGCUUGAAUCUUCCCACUGGAAUUCCAUUUGUAUAUGAACUUGAUGAAAACUUCAAGCCCGUUGUAUCAAUGAAGUUCCUUGGUGAUGAGGAAACCGUAAAGAAAGCCAUGGAAGCUGUUGCAGCCCAGGGAAAGGCUAAGUAAUUGUGUUAAAACACAUUGCUGGUACACAGUUUUAUGUUAAUGGAAAAGUUAAGUGUUAUAAUUUUUAUACAGAGGAGUUUUAGCUGCAGUUUAUUUUCCAGUUACAGUUAUUGAUGUCAAAUUGAAUGAGAAAUUGUCCUUAUCUUUAUUUUAGCUAGUCAUAUGUCAUAAGACUCCAUUCAAGAGAAAAUGUCAUAAUUUAUUAAUAUAUAUACAAGAGAA